AUGCUAGCUGCCGCUGAGCCAAGUCCACCCUCUGAUAUAAUUUCCGUUGAUAUUCCUUGGCGCUUGACAUUCUUGGCUUUAAUUGAAGACUUUAAACCUGUUUCCCUGGGGGGUAUCUUCAGUGGCGAUAGAAUAUCGCGAGACGACCCCAUUUAUUCGAGCGCAGCCUUGUGCAUUCGAGCUUUACUGCCGCUCACAUCUUUACGGAUUGACUCGCUCAAUUUGUCUAUCUUCAGUCUCCUCACGACUUAUAUGGGAAACUUGAAAAUUGACACAAAGCUAGCACAACUCGCACAGUCAUCGUACACGUCCGCCUUGAAAAAGUCGCAUCCACAUAUCCAGAAGGUCAUAGGGAAUGGUCAACCCGGUACUCAUCCAAAGGCCAACCUUGAAUUGAUCUUGCUACUAGCUAUAGCCUUUCUGGCAUUUGAGUUCGUGAACGAAAAUGAAUACUCAGAAGCAGCCCUCUUGGCCCACAUCGGUGGUGUAUUAAGCAUCUUAGAGCUCUAUAGGCCGCACAACUUCUCUUCCCCACAUAUGCGACAAGCUUUUAGUGGAUUUAGGGGGAUCUUUCUUUCAGUUAGACUUAGCAAACAUAAUCCAACCUUCCUAGCGGAUUCAGAUUGGAUACGCCUCCCAUUUCUGAAUGUUCGGAAGACCAGAAUGGAGCUUCUUCAUGAUAUUACGUUGCAGAUACCAUGGCUCUUUUACCAAACAGAUCGAUGGUUUGAUGGGCUUGAGAAUUAUGCUUCCAACGAUCCCAACCGCCGAGAAACCUCGGACUCUCCGAAGCAAAAUAUAGAAACCGCUCUCUCGCUUUUAAAAGAUUACUGGGCGGUCUUUGAUCAAAUGGAAGAGUGGCAAAACAACUGGAAAGCUUCCGAACAAGGCCCCCUGUAUUGGCAUUCUGGUAUCCCAAUAUCCAGCAAGGUGAUCGACGUCGACUCAGUUUGCAUACCUUCAUUCCCAGAUCAAACAUACCAGGUCCGCUUCCAAAAUACCCAAAAGGCAGGAAUUGCUGCUACCUUCUGGUCCUUUCGUCUGGAACUUCUUAUGGGAAUGAUCAAACUCCAGCGAAGUUUACUCGGCACACAGGUUGAAUCGUUGGAACAGAACCUGGCCAUGGCGGAAGAAACAGCUUGUCUGAUUCUGCAAACCACACCAUACCUUACAUGUUGUUUUGAGGCACGAAGAAGGGAAGGCAUUCUUCGACAGGGUAUCAAAUUAGAGAGCCGAAGGAGGGACCUAGAAACCGGGUUUCUUCUCGAAGAAACUCUACGCGCGGAGCAUAAUGUUAAUGGGCUCACCGGGCAUGAGGAAUUCCUCGGUACGGGGAAAUGUGUCAGACCGAACUGCGAAGAGGAAGCAGCAAUGGAGUCAGCAUCGAUACUCUCCGCCCUGAGAAGCGAUAAAUUGAAAGACUCGUCCCAAUGGCGAGCCUGGCAUAAGCGAGUGAAGGCAUUCGCAGUGCAAAGAACAGUCUGGGAUCUCUGUAACCCAGAUACAGCAUCACAUCCGAUACCUUUAUCGGAGCCAAUUGAGCCUGAAUACCCUCAAUCGGGAGAUCAGGAAGAAAAGAAAGAAUGGAGAGACCUUCUUGAGGUCUACAAGAUCAAGGCGAACCGCUGGGAAAAUCAGCGGAAGGGUCUGGAUGAGGUGAAUGAGUAUAUCAUCACCUACCUAGACGCAUCCUUGCGAGACGUUGUACUGGAGUAUGAGACUCCGUACGAACGCUUGGUGUAUCUAAGCAAGCGCUUUGCUAGAUCCCACGCGUAUAAGGAAGGAAUUUGCAUUAAAUGGAGAGCUUUCGCUACCCAAAAACCUAUCGGAGAUGUCGAGAAAUGGCACUGCGAAACAAAAGCAAACCGUGACCUUGCGAUGAUCAACUGGAAGGACUCAAGAAAAUCACGCGGAGGACCUACCCUGGGCCCGUCCGAUUCCGUCAAGUACCAGGCGCAGGGCCUCCGUCUCGACGAGAUCUCUCAGCUGCGCAAGGAAUUCGUGACUGCCGCUCUGCGCGCGCAGAAAGCCGGGCAUGAUGGCGUCGAGAACCGAUCCCGGCUGCUCUUCGAGGUCAUUCACGAUGUGCGCGAGGUGUGCCGUCCGGACUUUCAGAUAGGCAUGAGACUGUCGCUAGCCAAGCGCUACGGUAUUCCCCUAGCGGAGUAUCGGAUGGUGUCGGCGCGUGCGCUGAUGGACGACGCCCUCGACUAUCUGGAUCUGGCAUUGGACGACUACGCCAGAUCGGCGGAUGAGCCGCCGUUCGAGGGUCGAAGUCCGCAGCAUGCGGCCACUGUUCUGGACGCUGGGUUGGACUUUGUGAUGGUUGGUAGAGCGGCCAUUCUGAAUCCGAAUUUCCCAAAUGAUAUUCAGAAAAACCAUGACUAUAGGCUUCCGAGUCUGCCGGUUCCUGCGAGCCAUCUGAAAGAGGUUGGCUUGUCCGAGCCGUACCUUAAAUAUAUGACAGCGUGGCCGGGCUUUGUUACGCAAGAAACAGGGGGCUGUUAA